UCGAUAAGGGAGUCCACUAGUGAAGUUAGCAGUAAUGAAUAUUAAAUAUAAAAUACAUUCGUUGCAGUAAACAAGUGUCAUUAUAAUAAUCGUCUGCUCUUUGACACCAUUUUGACGUAACAGUAUACAACUAUCAUUUAUUUUAAUACCCACAUUCAUAACUAAUUGGGUUAAAUAGUGCAGUUGUUUUGAUCAAAAGUGGCUUAUCAUAGGAAAAUAAAAACUUAAUAAAUGUUUCCACUAGUGUUUUGUGUUAAGUUUUAGUGAUUUCAUAUAUCGAAGAGUACGUAAUUUAUCAAUUUAGUAUUUGGGUUAUUGCUGCAUGUGAAAGAACAUGACGGAAAGUGAAAAAUUUAAUUUACGAAGACGCAAGCAAGAUGUAAUAACACAAAAUGGGAUCACGAAGCAAGAUGAGGAAAAAAAGGGCCUUCCUGAAUUUAUGCAUCGAGAUUCGCCUCUAACGGUACUUAUAGAAGGCUCACUUCAUAUAAGAGCUAUAUACCAUAUAUUUGUGGUGAUUCUCGUGGUGCUGCUCUGCGACACCGUGAUAUACGACUUCGUUGAACGUGGAAAGAUAAAUAUCGGAGCAACGUCAGUGAUAUAUGGCUUUGGUGAUAUACGUCGAGGCGCUAAAAUCUGGUUGUUGGAGCUUGCGAUCGCACUCGCGUUCUAUCCCGGGCUAAGAUUAUACGCUGGAACUAGAAAAUUCUUAGUCAAAUUUCCAGCUGCACUGAAAAUAUGGUCAAUCAUGGGUAUGCUUGGAGUCGCCGUCCUAGAGGUGAUGGUGAUAGCAAUACCCACUUGGGAUCUGGGGAAGAAGCAUCUUGCCCUUGCCUCCUCUGUUGCUGUCACUUGCGAAAUGUUUAGAUUUGCGAUGAAAAUUCACGCGGCCGCCGUCGCCUGCGCCCCGCGAUGUCAAGACGAUCUUGUAAAACUUCCCACGUUCAAGCAUUAUGUAUACUUUCUAUUUGCACCUACAUUGGUAUACAGAGAUGAAUAUCCAAGAACGAAGAAAAUAAGGUGGGGCGUUGUAUUAUUUCAUUUUCUGGAAGUAACGGCAAUAAUAUUUUACAACAGUUUUCUUUGGGAAAGAUUUAUUCUACCCUACUGGUCAGAUUACGGGAAAGAACCCAAACUACUCCACGCUUGGCACAACGCUUUUGCUGAGAUGCUAACAUUUGGCGACCGACUCUUUUACGAAGAAUGGUGGACAACGUCUCAGUUCUCACGCUACUACCGCGCCUGGAACCGUGUGGUACACUCGUGGUUGCGCGACCACAUUUACAAGCCGCUGUCACCGCGGGCUGGACGAGUACUUUCCAUACUAACAGUUUUUGCUGUAUCAGCUGUGGCACAUGAAGUGAUUCUGUCUUUGUCCUUUGGAUUCUUCUAUCCGGUGCUUAUGAUGGAGUUCGGAGGGUUUGGCUUAAUAAUGUUGCCACUCACAGCAUCAACUGGACGUCGCUUUCCCAGUUUCCUUAACCUGCUGAUGUGGCUCUCUUUCUUCUUAGGCAAUGGUCUUUUAUGGAGUCUUUACCCGAUGGAGUUUUUCGCACGGAAAAAUUGCCCGCAAUCAGAAAAUGACAGCUAUUUUAUACCGAAGUCUUGGUCUUGUCCGGAAAUAGUGCUAAAACCAAAUUGGAGUUUUCAAAACCCAUUUAACAUAAUUUUCUAGUUGCAAAUAGUUCAAGAAAUAACCCUAUAAUGAUACAAAAGUAUGAACUACAAAAAAAGUCGUCACAAAAUAAUGACAUAUAAUAAAAAUUUAAACCUAAAAAUAUUGAA